AUGACCACUCACGGCUCCGUGGCUCUGACGGACUGGGACCUGGACCAAGAACUGAGGCUGCAGACCACAACGGACCAAAACUUUGUGUCCGACUCGGUGUAUCUGCUCAGACCUUCAUCCAGAUCCAGAACAGAGGAUUUUUCCUGGUCUCAGACCCCAGACUCCUUCAGACCAAACCCGUGGCUCAUGGUGGAUCCAAACAUCGUGUGUCCGCUUCACUACCCCCUGAGGACCACACCCCCAGAGUCUCAGACCACGCCCCCACACUACCAUGAUGCACCACUCCUGCUGAAGGAAAAGGUCCCAUCCUUGUCGACCAAUCACCAUGCACUCAGCUCUCUGCUGCCCCCUGUGGCCAGAGUCAAGAAACCACAGCGAAAACCACGAGGCUCCAAACGGUCCGACAGGUGUGCAUCAGUCUGUGGUUCUUGGCUCCGCCCCCCGGUGAAUUACAGCCUCCUGAUUGGUUUAGCUCUGAAAUACAGCGGCAGCCUCAGAGUGCAGCAAAUCUACAACUUUACCAGAGAGAUGUUCCCGUUCUUCCAGUCGGCUCCAGACGGAUGGAAAAACACCAUUCGUCACAAUCUGUGUUUCAACCACGGUUUCAAGAAAACAUUCGACCGACAGAGCUCCUCUGAGGGAAAGCGCACCUCCUGCUGCUGGUACCUGACGGCUGACGGACACCGCCGCCUCCGCGACGAGAUGCUAAUGCUAGCUCCAGACACGCUAACGCAGCUACAGCGCAGCACGGCUAACCCAGCUAGAGUCCGCAGUGAGACACGGAGAGCAGACGAGAGAGCUGCACAUGCUUUAGAGUGUCUUGCUCAAAAAUCAAACCGUGUGGAGUGUGGUUGUUUCUUGGAAAGUCUGACUGUUUUUUUUAGUGGUGCUGGAAACGGAUCUUGGAGUUGA